UUUUCAUAAAUUUUGUGGUGCCAUUACCUUUGGAGCAAUGGAUGACGAGAUAUUCUUAAGCAAGUCCUCGGAGUUUUUCCGAUGCCGUUGUUUCUUUAGAGUAUACGAGUUUCACAUUUGGUCUUGCCUACACAACGGUGGUGUCUGCUGCCAUGGAUGAACGUCCCGAUCGGCAGCCACUUCUUUCUAAAGAUAGCAGAGAUUAUGGGCUUGGCAACAAGAACGUUGGCUUUCUUAGGCUUUCCCUGAAAUAUGGCUUGAAGCUUGUCAUGUGGGUGAUCUUUCUCACAUGGGUCACCGUGAUAUUUCUUUUCCCAAGCGACUUCAUGGGGGAAAUGUUUGAGAAAUGGAUUAUGAUGACCAGGGGGACGAUAUUUGGUGUCUCUGGGAGUAUCUUCCUGCUGUUCAGCGCCCCUAUUCUAGCAAUUGCACUUCUGGGGACUCUGUACAUCGGCCUGUUUCCCAGGGAGUACAAUGAGAGAAAGAGAAACAGAUCGCCGUCUCUCCGCUUAUGGACGUUUCCUGUACUUGUUGAUGGCCCUUUUGGGGUGGUUUCUGCUGCAGAGUUCAUCGGCAUCGCCGUGUUUUUUCUUUAUAUUCUCUGGGCAACAUCUGCUUAUGCUAGAAAAGAUAGUCGGCUUGUAGCCUUCCUGGAUGUUUCUUCAAGAGAGAAAAUUUGUUUCAUGUUGGAUUUGGUGGGACUUCACUUUGGAUCGAUUGGGCUGUUUUGCACUGCGUUUUUGUUUUUACCGAUAUCAAGGGGUUCUAUCCUUCUUCGUCUUAUAGAUAUUCCAUUUGAACACGCGACAAGGUAUCACGUCUGGUUGGGACAUGUUACAAUGAUCCUAUUCACCUUGCAUGGCUUGUGUUAUGUCAUCUCCUGGUCAAUACAGGGUACUCUGCAGCCUAAGCUAAUCGAGUGGAGAGACAUUGGAGUUGCCAAUUUGCCAGGGGUUAUAAGCCUGUUGGCUGGACUGUUGAUGUGGGUUACAUCAUUCUCUCCCGUGAGAAAAAAUUUCUUCGAGCUGUUCUUUUACACCCACCAACUCUAUGUUGUGUUCAUAAUUUUCUUGGCAUUACAUGUCGGCGACUUCAUAUUCUACAUGGCUGGUGGUGCAAUUUUCUUGUUUGUGCUGGAUCGUUUUCUGAGGUUCUGCCAGUCGAGGGCUACUGUUGAUGUGCUUUCAGCAAAAUGCCUUCCAUGCGGAACAGUAGAAUUGACUCUCUCGAAGCCACAGAAGAUGAGAUACAGUGCUCUUGGUUUUGUCUUCCUGCAAGUGAGGGAAUUAUCGUGGCUCCAGUGGCAUCCUUUCAGUGUUUCUUCUAGUCCAUUGGAUGGUGGGUUUCAUAUGUCUGUUCUAAUUAAAGUUCUUGGUCACUGGACUGAAAAGUUAAGGGAUAGCAUCUUGAGUGGCACAAACCGUGAUUUCAACAUAAGUGCUUCUGUUGAGGGGCCAUACGGACAUGAGUCACCAUACUAUCUGCAGUAUGAAAAUCUCAUACUGGUCGCUGGGGGCAUUGGGAUUUCACCCUUCAUUGCCAUUGUGAGAGACAUACUUCACAGGGUUAAGGAAAGAAGAACCUGCCUGCCAAAAAACAUACUGAUAGUUUGGUCAGUCAAGAGAACAAAAGAGCUUUCUCUUCUUUCUAAAAUUGAUGCGACAUCUUUAUGUGCAUUCUUUCCUAAAGUUCUAAAUGUGGAGGUUCAAACAUAUGUGACACAAGAAACAGAAAAGCCACUGGAAGAAGGUAAUCUUUCCAGAAACAAGACUGUGGCCCACUUUCCACGCAUCCGUGGCAGUAGCAUGUCCACCUUGGUUGGUACAGGCAAUAUGAUAUGGUCAGGGCUCUAUUUGUUCUCUUCAAUAGUGGGUUUUAUCGUGCUCAUAGCUCUGGUUGAAUUAUUGUAUAUAAGACGGUUUAAUAAGUCUACUUGGUGGCUACAAGGACUGUUGUGCAUCAUUUGCAUGCUUGCAAGUGUCAUAUUAUUUGGUGGUACAGUAAUCAUGUUAUGGCGUUGUUGGGAAAGCAGUCCUGUAGGCCAUGAUCAGCACAAAGAUUCUGGAUUGCAGAAUGAGCCUACAGACUAUGAUGAAGAAACAUCAGAAAAUCUUGUUUCAUUGGGAUCAAAUCAUUAUGGGCAACGGCCCAACUUCACAGGUAUUUUCAGUUCUAUAUCUGGCAAGUGGGGGAACGUGGACGUGGGUGUUCUUGUCUGUGGUCCGCCAGGCCUCCAGACAAGCGUUGCUGCAGAGUGCAGGUCUCAGAACUUGAAGAGCAGAUGGGAUCACCCAAUUUUCCACUUUCAUACUCAUAGUUUUGAUUUAUAGAAUGCUACAGUGGAGCUGUUGAUAUGCAGUUGCCUCUAGACCAGUUAGAUCGUCAAAUUUGGUAUACCGUCUGAAACCGACUUCCAUCUUGGCAUCUGUUUAGGUUUACUGGUUACUGAAUGUGUAUUACAAGAUAAUAUAUAAUAAUAUAUGCUAUACAGUAUGUAGUUUAA